UUUGGCCGCGGCCGCCGGGCCGGGUCGUGCUUAAUAUUCAAUGAUCUCGCUCGCGCCUCCCCCUCCUCCCCUCGCAGAAAUUCCACCGAGUCCGUUACUGGGCUCAGACUUUUAAGUUAAUUUACUGCCCACCCCACCCCCCCAACCUCGGCUAGUAACCAGCGCCUUUAGGGCUAACCUCCCCCCCAGCUCCCGCCUGAAAAUGACAUUUCGCCGGCGUCUCCGGAGGGGGCUGAAUUUCACUUUGUAACUUUCUGCGGAACCCGAGCCCGGGUGGCAGCUCGGGUGGUGGUAUCGUAUGCAAAUACGCAUGCUGACGUUACAGAUCAUGUGGGUUUUGGCGUAGAUUCCCCACUGAUCGAGACAUUUUUUUUCCCCUUUUUUUUUCCUUCUUUUUUUUUUUUUUUUUUUUUUUCUUUUUAAAAUUUUGGCCACUGUUCCCCGUACGGGGGCUUUUCCUGUCCGUCUGUCUGGCAGGCUGGCCGUGCCCCUCUUUCCCACGGAGCCCGAGCCCGGCGCCCGGUGGGGAGUGGGGAGUGGGUGGGGGGAGCCAGCAGAGUUCCAUUUUGGAACGCCCGUGCCGCGUCUCCGCGCUCCCAGCCCGGGUCCCCGCGUCCCCAGCCCCGGCGCAGGAGCAGCUGAGCCGUCAGAGGACCUCAACCCCAGCCUGCCCACAAGCUGUGUGACCUCAGGAAAAUCACUUAACCUCUCUGUGCCUCAUUUUUCCUCAACUGCAAAAUAACACUGAUGACACUCUCCCAAGUUCUUUUUUUUUUUUUUUAAUUUUUUUUUAAUGUUUAUUUUUGUGAGAGAGAGACAGAGUGCAAGCAGGGGAGGGGCAGAGAGAAAGAGAGACACAGAAUCUGAAGCAGGCUCCAAGCUUUGAGCUGUCAGCACAGAGCCCGAAGCGGGGCUCGAACUCACGAGCCUUUGAGCUCUGAGAUCAUGAACAGAGCCACAGUCGGCCGCUUAACCGACUGAGCCACCCAGGUACCUCUCCCAAGUUCUUUUAAGCGAUUAGUUAAUGGAUAAAAAGCUCUUUCUAAACUAAAAUGGGCUUCACAGAGUAUUGUCCCUCCCACAAGUCAGUGCCUGGAAUACUAAGGCUGGCUGGUCUCCUGGGACCUUCUUCCACUGGAUGGUUAGUUCUAAGUGCAGUGGGCAGGAGCCCCAAACUCCCUGCAAUCCAAAUAAAUUAAUCGCUGGGAUUAACACAGAAGCUUGAAUUCUCCUGCAGGAGGAAGGCCCAGAACCUUUAACUGGGAAAUUUUGUGGGCCCUCACAAAAAGUGAGGAGGAGGAAAUCAGUGUGCAACAUGCAACGCCUCCCUCUCUGAAGGCUCUCCAGGACACCCAGGACCCUCCCUCUCUGGGGCCUGAGGUCAUCCCCCGGCCCCCCACUGCCCUUCCCCAGCCCUCCCACCCAGCUGGGCCUGCCCAUCCCUUCCCCCUCGCAUUCUGCUUCCCCGAGAUCACGCGGUGGAAAGGAACACCGGCUUGGGAAUCACACGAGCACGGGCUUGGCUCAGCUCUACCAGUCGCCAGCAGUAAGCGAGUUGUGGCCUCGUGAGCCUGUUUCCUCACCUGGAGAAUGGGCUAUGACUUCCUUCCUUCCACGGUUAUUGACGGAUAUUACUAUUCCUUCCGAGAUUAUGGAUGAGAACCUGGCGGGCUUUAGUGUGCCCAGAAAUCACCCGAGAAGCUUGUUGGGAGGCAGGUUCUGACGCUGUAGGGCUGGGUGGGGUCUGCAACGCUGUUCUCUCCACCAGCUCCCAGGUGACACGACUUCCCUCUUGAAGAACAAGAACACAGAGCAGGUAUAUGACGGCAACUAUUGCCAUGAAGAUUCUUUUUUCUCCCCAGUCAAAAGGUUCUUCCUUGCAAACAGGCAUCGAUGGAUAAGAGAAACCUCUGCUCACCUCUGAAUUCGUAGGGAAACAAGAAAAAACAAGUUUUGCUUUAGAGGCAGCCUGGGUGUGGGGAGUGAGGAGAGUGGCCUCCACGGCUCAUCAGCACGCAGCUCCACGCGCACACGUGCGCCGCAGGUGGGCCUCCGCCGGCUGCAGAAACCUCUAGAGCUCAGGCCUCAACUUGCCAUGCUGGGAACGCAGCCUCGGAGCCGGGCACACGCCUUAUUCCUCCGGCUACAGCUCUCCAGAGGAAUUUUCAAAGCACACGGGGUUCGCUUGGCAGGAGCCUCCCAGGAUAUAAACACGCAUUUGGGGCUUUUGCUUUAAGGACUGCGGUGCCUUUUUGACUGGAGGCCUGUGCCCAGGCCUCUUCCCCCUCACCUUCAUCAAAAUGGAACCACGGCCGGCCAGCCGCUGCUAGGAGCAGACACCAAAGACUCCAGGAGAGCCGGAGUGAGGAUCGGGACACCUCCCCACCCCACCCCAUCCGAUCCUGCUUUUGGUUUCCCCUCCUAAAAGGCCUGCUUCCCAACAAGCUGCUGACUCACCCAGGGUCUCGACACACUGGCUGCUCUUGGAGUUCAAGCAUACCAAGAUUCCCAGGAUGUAAGCAAUCCGGGACUGGAUGCUUCCUUUGAAAGCCCAGAGACAGCCCUGUUAUUUCCUCUGACAGCCCCAGUGAAAAGCCCCGAAAUGAGAAGUGGCAUCCUCGCCAAAGCCCAAAGAUAUGAUGCUGCCUCUUGUGUUUAGCCAUUGGAGCAGUUACAGUUUUUUGUGCUGAGAUCAUUCUGAACACUCAAACACUAGACUUCAGCAUUCAAGGGAAGCCAAAGCCAUUGGAGGGGGAAUAAAGCCCAAAGCCUUUUAUCUGAUUUGCUCCAAAAAUUUCACUGCCCCUUCCCUACCCACCCCCCUCCCCAAAUUUAAGCUGUUGCACACAGACAGACGGCAUGGCGAGCAAGAGAAAAUCCACAACCCCGUGCAUGGUUCGGACAUCACAAGUAGUAGAACAAGAUGUGCCCGAGGAAGGAGACAGGGCCAAAGAAAAAGGAAACAGCACAACACAGCCUGAAACAACCAAGGACAGUUGGACAGUAGAACCCGAGAACUCUUCCAAAGAAAAUGAAGUGAUAGAGGUGAAAUCUACAGGGGAAAACCAAUCCAAAAAACUCCAAGGUGGUUAUGAAUGCAAAUACUGCCCCUACUCCACGCAAAACCUGAACGAGUUCACGGAGCACGUUGACACGCAGCACCCCAACGUGAUUCUCAACCCCUUAUACGUGUGUGCCGAAUGUAACUUCACAACCAAAAAGUACGACUCCCUGUCUGACCACAACUCCAAGUUCCAUCCCGGGGAGACCAACUUCAAGCUGAAGUUAAUCAAGCGCAAUAAUCAAACUGUCUUAGAGCAGUCCAUCGAAGCCACCAACCAUGUCGUGUCCAUCACCACCAGCGGCCCCGGAAGCGGCGACGGUGAUCCCGGAAUCUCAGUGAGUAAAACCCCCAUCAUGAAGCCAGGGAAACCAAAAGCCGAUGCCAAGAAGGUGCCCAAGAAGCCGGAGGAGGCCACGCCCGAGAACCACGUGGAAGGGACUGCCCGCCUGGUGACAGACGCGGCUGAGAUCCUCUCGAGACUCGGAGGCGUGGAACUCCUCCAGGACACAUUAGGGCACGUCACGCCUUCUGUCCAGCUCCCACCAAAUAUCAACCUUGUCCCGAAGGUCCCCGUCCCACUGAAUACUACCAAAUACAACUCUGCCCUGGACACGAAUGCCACCAUGAUCAACUCCUUCAACAAGUUCCCUUACCCGACCCAGGCCGAGUUGUCCUGGCUGACAGCUGCUUCCAAACACCCAGAAGAGCACAUCAGAAUCUGGUUUGCCACACAGCGCUUAAAGCAUGGCAUCAGCUGGUCCCCGGAGGAAGUGGAGGAGGCCCGGAAAAAGAUGUUUAAUGGCACCAUCCAGUCAGUACCCCCCACGAUCACCGUGCUGCCGGCCCAGCUGGCGCCCACAAAGAUGUCACAGCCCAUCCUCCAGACAGCUCUGCCGUGCCAGAUUCUCGGCCAGACCAGCCUGGUGCUGACUCAGGUGACCAGCGGAUCAACAACGGUCUCCUGCUCCCCCAUCACGCUUGCCGUGGCCGGAGUGACCAACCAUGGCCAAAAAAGGCCUUUAGUGACUCCCCAGGCCGCCCCCGAGCCCAAGCGUCCACACAUCGCUCAGGUGCCAGAGCCCCCACCCAAGGUGGCCAACCCUGUGCUGACGCCAGCCAGUGACCGCAAGAAGACAAAGGAGCAGAUUGCGCAUCUCAAGGCAAGCUUUCUCCAGAGCCAGUUUCCUGACGAUGCUGAGGUCUAUCGGCUCAUCGAGGUGACCGGCCUUGCCAGGAGUGAGAUCAAGAAGUGGUUCAGCGAUCACCGGUAUCGGUGUCAAAGAGGCAUCGUCCACAUCACCAGCGAAUCCCUUGCCAAAGACCAGUUGGCCAUCGCAGCCUCCCGACACGGCCGCGCGUACCACGCAUACCCGGACUUUGCCCCACAGAAAUUCAAAGAAAAAACACAGGGUCAGAUUAAAACCCUGGAGGACAGCUUUUUGAAAAGCUCUUUCCCGACCCAAGCAGAACUGGAUAGACUAAGGGUGGAAACCAAGCUGAGCAGGAGAGAGAUCGAAUCCUGGUUCUCAGAGAGACGGAAGCUUCGGGACAGCAUGGAACAAGCGGUCUUGGAUUCCAUGGGGACUGGCAAAAAAGGCCAAGAUGUGGUGGCCCCCAAUGGUGCUCUGUCUCGACUUGACCAGCUCUCCGGUGCCCAGUUAGCCAGUUCUCUGCCCAGCCCUUCACCAGCAAUUACGAAAAAUCAAGAACAGGUACAUCUCCUGCGGAGCACGUUUGCAAGAACCCAGUGGCCUACUCCCCAGGAGUAUGACCAGUUAGCAGCCAAGACGGGCCUGGUCCGAACUGAAAUUGUGCGCUGGUUCAAAGAGAACAGGUGCUUGCUAAAAACCGGAACCUUAAAGUGGAUGGAGCAGUACCAGCACCAGCAGAUAGCAGGAGAUCACGGUUAUGACGCCCCACCAAGGAAAGCAGUGAAAGCCGUCAUCACUGAGAGCCCAAAGAAUGGAAGUGACGUGGGUCAGCAACAUUACAAGGACCCCAAAAAGCUCUGUGAAGAGGACUUGGAGAAGCUGGUACCCAGGGUGAAAGUGAGCAACGAGCAAGCCAAGGAUGGUGUGCCGGCCAAGCCUUCUGAAGCCACCUCGGACAGGUCGGAGGGCAGCAGCCGGGACAGCCAGGGCAGCGACGAGAAUGAGGAGUCGGGCGUUGUGGAUUGGGUGGAGGUCACGGUCGGAGAGGAGGACGCCAUCUCAGACAGGUCGGAUAGCUGGAGUCAGACGGCAGCCGAAGGCACCGCAGAACAGGCCGGCUCGGACUCCGACAGCAUCCCUGCCGAGGCUGGCCAGGCCUAACAGGGAAGUCCGUCAGAACUACAUUGCUGAUAAAGGGGACGCUCUUUGAGGAAGGAAGAGGACCUCCCUCCCCGGCCGUGGGCCACCCUGGCCAGAGGCUCCAAGUGGAACCACUUAGCCGGCGUGUGGCUGCUGGGUGCCGGAGCCCCAGCCUUCACACACACCCUGCCCGGAGGACCGGCAGGAAUUGUUCAUAGUGCCAAAGUCCUACUACUGCGUUUUCAAUGGGUCCUUGUAAAUAGUUUGCUCCUCUGCCCUGGCCCCCACUUCUUGCUAUACUGGAACCAAUUUGUACGAUGUGGGAAUUUUGUUACCUUUUUAAUCAAGGGCAACGUCCUUUUCCAGCACUACCAUUGUAAGGUUUUUUCCAGGAGGGAGGGCUGAUCACAUGUGCUUUUCUCUUUUUCCUUUUUUUUUUUUUAAUCUUUAUUUUAUUAAUUUUGGGGAGGGGGGGAAUGUUAGCAUUAGUGCCAUUAUAUCUACUGGAUUUUAGGUAGGGAGAGUUCGUUUUAUUAAAAGUAGUUUGAAAUUUGGGAGAUUUCUCCAUGGGAAGGGCUAGGAUUUGGGCUUCUGUCUGAACUUUGAGAGGGUUUUACAGAUGGCACAUCUUCCAGAUCAAGCCCAUUUUUGGUUCUCCCUCCCCCACCAGCCGCCUCUGGGGUCCCUGUUUAGCCACGCACAGGGCUUUCCGAACUGCCAACAGGUGGAUCUGGUUUUCUCCUCCGCCUGGCCUCUUGGGCUGACCUUGGGCGGAGCCAGCACCAGAGAACUAGGGAGCAGGUGGCUCCCUCUUUCAGCGUCUUGUUAGAUACCAGCAGAAAGGGCUUCCACAUUUCUAGCAUUAUCGUUACUUUUGUGAAACUCCAACAAAAAGAGGUCUUCCUAUCUAGAUGGUACAAAGAUGAACAACUUUGGUUUUGAUUUCUGUUCCUAACUGCCUUUUCUCAGUGUGGUAUUUGACAAGAUUUCAGCCUGAAGCCUCACCAUGAUCUGAUUUUUUUGUUUGUGUUUGUUUUUGGGCCAAUUUUAGAUUCCUGAGUGCACUUUUGUUUUUUGUUGUGUGUGUGUGUGUGUUUUUUUUUUUCCAAUUAGUCCUAACUUUUAAAGAGGAAAAACCAAGAGACAUAUCUGGUGUAAAUGUUGCAAUAUGAAUUGUGUUUGCAACCCCCUCCCUCCCCCACCCCCCAUUUGGGUAUACUGCACAAAUAAAAUGCUAGGGAGUUUGGAAAAAAACAUUUUUUCUAACUUGUUGCUCAUUUGUUGUAACUCAAUAAAGCAGAGACUAAACAUUUUUAUAACCUUU